CGGCAGUGAGCCACCAACGCUUCGUCACGUUUCUGCUCAUGCUACGAAGAAGGGAGCAGUCGUCGAUCCACACGUGUUCGUCAGAGAAGCAACAACAUUGAGGCUGAAAGAAGUCGUCAAAUCGAUCAAUUGAACUCUUCACAGGACACUUCCUGUCACUGUUUUAGUCGAUCGUUUGUUAGCAUCAUGGCUGGAGCUCCAGUCUAAAAAGAUUUAACCAAUAAGGAGGUCGUUGUCCGUGUUUCGCCGGUGUCAUUGGAGGGUUCUGCCGAUUUUCACCUGCGGUCGGUUUUGAGCAGCCGUGGCCAUUUUGUUACAAGCUUUUCAUCUGAAAAGACUACAUUUAUCAUAAAUAUCAGCGGCCGAAGGUGCUUCGGUCUCACCUGCCACACUACAGGCUGUCAUGACGUCCUACACCUGCAUCAGCUGCAGGGUGGCCUUUGCAGAUGGGGAGGUGCAGCGCUCCCACUACAAGACAGACUGGCACCGAUACAACCUCAAGCGUAAGGUGGCCGACAUGCCGCCCGUCACCGCUGAGAACUUCCAGGAGCGGGUGGUGGCUCAGCGGACAGCGGCAGAGCAGCACCUGAGCGAUAGCUCGGCCGCCGAGGCCUGUUCCGUCUGCAACAAGAAGUUUUCCAGUGUCAACGCCUACCAGAACCACCUGCAGUCCAGUCGACACCAGCAGGCCGAGAAGCAGGCGCUGCUGGCCGCGCAGAAGAAGGUGGAGAAGAUGAACGAGAAGAACCUGGAGAAAGGACUGGGCCACGACAAGGUGGAUCACGACGCCAGGAACCAGGCCUUACAGCAAGUCCUGAAGGAGCAGCAGAGGUCUGGCCCGGCCCAGCAGCAGGAGGUCGGGGCAGCGGCCAAGGGCAGGGCGGAGAAGCCGGAGAAACCCCCCAGGGUGAUGUGGUUGGAGGAACAGGCCAAGAGAAGGGAGAGAGAAGAUGGAGGUGUCGCUGAGGAAGAAGAGUGGGAGGAUGUUGAUGAAGAAAUGGAGGACGACGAGGAGGAAGAGGAGGAGAUGUUGAUGGAGGAGGUGGUUGAGGAGGUGGAGUCUCUGUCUGACCUCCACCCUGCAUCUCUGCCAGGCUCCAUUCCCGUCACCGACUGCCUGUUCUGUUCCCAUCACUCAAAGACACUCGUGAAGAACGUCGAUCACAUGACCAGAGUUCACAGUUUCUUCAUCCCAGACGUGGAGUUCCUCGUCGACCUCAGGGGCCUCGUCCGUUACCUAGGUGAAAAAAUUGGUGCAGGAAACGUCUGUUUGUGGUGCAACGAGAAGGGGCGUUCGUUUUAUUCCACAGAGGCUGUGCAGAGUCACAUGACUGACAAGAGCCACUGUAAGCUCUUCACAGACGGCGAUGCUGCUCUGGAGUUUGCAGAUUUCUAUGACUUCAGGAGCAGCUACCCAGACGGAGAGGACGGAGGAGAUCGUGAGGCCACGGAAGAAGAACUGCCAGAAAAGAACCUGGAGUACCACGACGACACCAUGGAGCUUAUACUGCCCUCAGGAGCGAAGAUUGGACAUCGUUCCCUGAUGAGGUACUACAGACAACGGUUCGGAGCCGAGCGGACCGUGGCGCUGGCCCACAACAGGAACGCCGUGGGCCGCGUCCUGAGGCAGUACAAGGCUCUGGGCUGGGGAGAAGGCAUUAGCGCCCCCUAUCAGAGACAGAAGGACAUGCGCUAUGUGCAGAUGAUGAAGUCCAAGUGGAUGUUGAAGACGGGAAUGAGCAACAACGCCACCAAACAGAAGCACUUCAGAGUCCAGGUCAUGUUCUGAUCCUCGGACCACAGACCUGGACCACAGACCUGGACCACAGACCUGCUCCUGGACCUUGGACCUGGGGGCCUCAGUCAGCCUACACCAAUCAAAACACUCAACCUGUGGCUGCCGUACGUGAAUGAGUGUGUGUGUGUGUGUGGGGGGGGGGGGGGUCACAGAUCUGGACAGAAAGAAAAACCGUCAACAUUUACAGACAAUUGUUCUAUAA